ACGGUGGAAUCCUAGCUCCUGCCAAGUGGGUCAAAUAUCAUGGGUCAGGUGUGGGGGAGGGUGAUUGGGCGGGUCUGUCUGGAUAUAAAUUUUGGAGUCCCUGCAUCCAUUCUAAGAGACCUGGGUAUUCGGUUCAGCUGGGAAUCCACGCGUGAGCGGACCCAGGCGUUCAAGCUGCGAUCCGUGGAUCUGCUCUCCCAGACAGCCAGGCUCUGAAACAGAAUCUACACCAUUCCGCUCAUCAAAUCUCAGACCCCAGAUCUCGCCUGAGGACGUGAGCCAUGAUGCGCUGGGAGGAGGCCAGGUCUGAGCACUUGGGGCUGUGGGUCCCUGUGCUGGCUGUCCUUUUGCUGGAAGCCUGCCGGGCACACCCUAUCCCUGACUCCAGCCCCAUCCUCCAAUUUGGAGGCCAAGUUCGCCAGCGGUACCUCUACACGGACGAUGCCCAGGAGACAGAGGCCCACCUAGAGAUCAGGGCUGAUGGCACGGUGGUGGGGGCUGCCCGCCGGAGCCCCGAAAGUCUCUUGGAGUUGAAAGCCCUGAAGCCGGGGGUCAUUCAAAUCUUGGGUGUGAAAACAUCCAGGUUCCUGUGCCAGGACCCGGAUGGGACACUGUAUGGAUCGCUCCACUUCGACCCCAUAGCCUGCAGCUUCCGGGAACUGCUUCUCGAGGAUGGGUAUAACAUCUACCGCUCCGAGACACUCGGCCUCCCACUUCGCCUGCUCCCCCACAACUCCCCAUACCGGGACCUGGCGCCCUGGGGAUCUGCCCGCUUCCUGCCCCUGCCCGGCCUGCUUCCGGCCCCCCCGGACUCUCCAGGGAUCCCAGCCCCCGAGCCUCCCGACGUGGGCUCCUCGGACCCCCUGAGCAUGGUGGGGCCUUCGCAGGGCCGAAGUCCCAGCUACGCUUCCUGAAGCCACGGGCUGUUUAUUAUGGGGUCUCCUCUAUUUACUGGGUUAUUUAUCUUAUUUAUUUUUUUAUUUUUCUUACUCGGGAUAAUAAAGAAUCUGA